AUGAUUAAGGAGCGGGGUGAUUGGGAAAAGUAUCGUGAACGUUUGUUGAGGCAAGUCAAGGACUUUGAGAAGAUGAAAGCUAACUUUAGUGAGGAAAAAGCCAAGUUCGAGUCUGAUAGAAAAUCUGAGGAGUGGGGCCGCGAGGGCUUAUGGGGCAAGCUUCGUGCUGCUGAGGAUCUCUUGGCGAAAGAGCGUGCUGAUUGGAAGGAGAUAUGCAAAAAGGAUAAUCAGCCCAUGUAUGCAGUUCGCACCAAGAUUACCGACCUUGAGGCCCAAAAUGCCACAUUAAUGAAGAAGGUUGAGGAUGUUGAGGCUGACAAAGAGCGUGCUGAGGCUAAGUUAAAGGCUCAAUUGGCGAGCAAGGACAAGGACUUGCAUGCCAAGGAUGUGGAGAUUACGGAGUUGAAGCGUAGAUUGCGUGAGCAGACUGACAAGAGCGAAUCGUUGGAGACUGAUUUGGAGGCUGAAAGAGUUAAGGCCGCUACCGCUGAGGAGGCCAAACAGAAGGCCGAUGAGGCGCGAGAGAUUAGCACCUCUGCUCUUAAUGUAGCCCAAAACAAUUAUGCUGAAGCUCAAUCAAUCGUAGAUACGCUGGUCUCCGAGGUUGAAUGGAUGCGCGGUAGAGGGGUAGUCCUGGUAAGGUCCUCCUCUUUUUAACUUAGGUUUUAUUUUUGUUG